AUGUCUCCAUACCGCCUAGUCUUUGGGAAAGUGUGCCAUCUGCCACUAGGAAUGGAGCACCGGGCAUACUGGGCGAUGAAACAGUUGAAUAUGGACUUGAGCGCCGCCGGUGAAAAGCGUCUGCUGCAACUUAAUGAGUUAGAUGAGUUUAGAAUGGAAGCUUAUGAAAAUUCAAAACUUUAUAAGGAACGAACAAAGAAAUGGCACGACAUGCAUAUUCAGAGGCGAGAGUUUGAAGUGGGGUGGUCGGUUCCUUAUACUGUCACGAAAGUUCUACCAUAUGGGGCUAUACAAGUGAGCCAUGAGACUAAGGGUACCUUCACUGUUAAUGGGCAAAGACUGAAACGCUACUGGGGCGGUGACUUCUCCAACCAAAAGUCCAUCGUUCAACUCGAGACGCCAGAACGAAGCAGCUACAGAAAAGUCGAGCUAUCGACUAUAACCUAG